CGUGUGACGUCAGCAUAACAACAACCUGUCAUGACAGCUCUUAUGAGGCGAAAAUAAUCUGCGAAGAUUUUAUAUCAGAUUAUGGAUAACCUGUUCCACCUGGAUGUGAGAGUCAAAAUCUGAGCCGCGCGCGAUCCAGGACGGACAGGGCAUUCUUGAAGCCUGUCACAGAGCCAGCCGGAGAGACGGGGAACAGGAUAGGGAAGCAGGGCGAGGCGGGCCCCGCGGAGCCGGUGGAGAAGAUGGCCGGCAGCCCGGAGAAGAGUUCCACCGCGCAGGAGCUGAAGGAGCAGGGGAACCGGCUGUUCCUCUGCCGCAAGUACCAGGAGGCUGCGACCUGCUACAGCAAGGCGAUCAACCGUAAUCCCUCGGUGGCAGUCUACUACACCAACAGGGCUCUGUGCCACGUGAAGCUGCAGCAGCACGACAAGGCUCUGGCAGACUGCAAGCACGCGCUGGAGCUGGACAGCCAGUCGGUGAAGGCCCACUUCUUCCUGGGCCAGUGUCACCUGGAGCUGGAGAACUACGACGAGGCCAUCGGCAACCUGCAGAAAGCUUACAACCUGGCAAAGGAACAGAGGCUGAAUUUCGGAGACGACAUCCCCAGUGCGUUACGCAUCGCCAAGAAAAAACGCUGGAACAGCAUCGAGGAGAAGCGCAUCAACCAGGAGAACGAGUUACACGCCUAUCUGACCAAGCUCAUCCUGGCAGAGAAGGAAAGAGAACUUGAAGAAUACAAAGAAAAGCAAGAUGACAAUCAGAAUGGAGGCGAUGCCGCCAAGAUAGCAUCAAAACACGACAAGUACCUGAUGGACAUGGACGAGCUCUUCUCUCAAGUGGAUGAGAAAAGAAAAGUGAAAGCGAGAGAUCCCAGAUUACCUCUGUGGGAAGAUCAGCUUCGAGCUGAUGAGGGAGCCGUGCAUCACUCCCAGCGGGAUCACCUACGACCGCAAGGACAUCGAGGAGCACCUACAGCGAGUGGGGCAUUUCGACCCGGUCACCAGGAGUCCCCUGACCCAGGAUCAGCUGAUCCCCAACCUGGCCAUGAAAGAAGUGAUCGAUGCCUUUAUCCAGGAGAACGGCUGGGUGGAGGACUACUGAGGAGGCGGCGCUCAUCUCUCAACACAACAGCAGACUCUGGAGGACCGAUCAGAUCACCCCCCCCCCCCCCCCCCCCUGCCUGGACACAGACUUUACACAAGCUGUCGGGGGGGGGACAAUCUGGACCUGAGAAGACGGGAGCCGUGUGUCCCGGCCUCCUCCCCACGUUUGAAAAACUCUGCUGUAAAACCAUCCCGCUCCGGCUCACCGAGGCUCGGUGUCCAUGGCCUGCUGCUCCCUUUAAAGACCUCCUCCCCCCCUGCCCCCCCUCCCCCCCUCGCUCUGCUCUUUCAAAGCCUGACUCCUCUCUGUACUUAAAGGGGCCACGUUCUCAGGUCUCUCAUGCACCCUCCCUCUUCUCUCUUUCUCUGAGUGCCACAAUCCUUACGAGACGUCAGUGUUUCACACAAACCACCGAUUAAAAAAAAAAAAAAAAAAAGAAAAGAAGUUACAAGCCUUUCGUUUGGCGUUUUCUCCAGUAUUUUCUAGUCAUUUUACGUGAGACAAUAGAACAUUUUUCCCCACUUCUCAAUGCACAUUUGUAGAAAGGUAACAAAAAAUGCCAAAAACCUGCUCUGACUGAGGGUUGUUUGUACGCAACUUUUACACACAUCGGAGAAGGAAUUUCCUUCUCCGUCCCCCCGGUGGCACCUCAUGCAGACCGACCCACGUCACCUUACUGUAAGAUUAUGAGUAGAUACUUUUCCUUUUGCAUAUCAAUCACACCCCAUGACAGACAAUUGAGAGAAGUUGAAUGUAUACAUUAAGUAUUAUUACGUUUUAGACUGGAUCUCAUGUAAAUCAAGAUGCUUCUUCUGUUUCGUUUUCCUUAAAGAAAAUCGUAAUGUAAGGUUUUCGUGAAAGGCCUUGAACUGGAGACAGGAAAUGAAUGGCUGCUGCAUUAAAAAAAAAAAAAAGUUUGCUGGAUUUUAGUACAGUGUGUAAAAGAAAAUGUUGGAUUUCAAGAGGUGAGAGACAUUAGCUGUUGCAAAAAAAAAACAAAAAAACAAACCUGCUUUUGAAGGGUGGUCUGCGCUGUCCGUGUCGUGUAUUGAGAAGAAAACUCGUGCUGUUUGCCUUGGAUGACCGUGGACACUCUCCUCCAGCAUGACCUGACUUUCACUUCCGUUAUGUUUUUUUUUUUUCAAUCCUGUAAAGAAGACGGCUGUGGACUCGUCCUCACCUUUUUUUUUUCCGCUGAUAACUUCUGGCACCUUUCCUGCAGCAGCGGCAGCUUCUGCACACUGAUGGAUCCCAGGUCCCCCUCCCUCCCGGUCACUCAACCCCUGACCCCGACCUCUCGUCACAGAGAUGCUGGAAGAGCUCACGACCAUCUUUUCUCAUCCGUACCUCACAGCGAUCGUUUGUUUUUUUUUCAGUUCGCUGCUUUGAGUGGACACGUUUCCUUCAGCUGGAUGUGUCUGUGGUGAAUUUGGAUUUGACCUGAGGCUGGUUGGAGUCGGGUGCAGGCGGUGUACAUAACGUGCUGGUGUAUCUGAAUUUCUUGUUUUUUUUUUUUUUUCUUUUUCUUUCUCUGAGAAAUCCUAGAGCUUGAGAAACUGUAUUAAAUGUAGAUAUGUUGAUAACAUAA